UAUCAUAGUUUGUUGCAGACUCCAAACAUCAAUAACAAAAACACCGUAAGGGUAAAGUUCAGAGAGUUUGUGAGAGAGAGAAACAUGGGUGGUUGGGCAAUUGCUGUGCAUGGUGGUGCUGGUGUUGACCCUAAUCUCCCUCUUCAACGUCAAGAAGAAGCCAAACAACUUCUUACUCGUGUUCUCAAUCUUGGCAUCUCUGCUCUUCGUUCCAAUCUUUCUGCCAUCGAUGUUGUUGAACUUGUGGUGAGGGAAUUGGAAACGGAUCCACUAUUCAAUUCGGGUCGUGGAUCUGCCCUGACGGAAAAAGGAACGGUGGAAAUGGAGGCUAGCAUAAUGGAUGGACCAAAAAGACGAUGCGGUGCCGUUUCAGGUUUAACCACGGUAAAAAAUCCAAUUUCACUGGCUCGUUUAGUCAUGGAUAAAUCUCCUCAUUCCUAUCUUGCUUUUAACGGCGCUGAAGAUUUUGCUAGGCAACAGGGUGUGGAGGUUUUGGACAAUGAGUACUUUAUCACUGCUGACAAUGUUGGUAUGCUUAAGCUGGCAAAGGAAGCAAAUACAAUCUUGUUUGAUUAUCGGAUUCCAUCUGGAUACGAAACAUGUGGUGCAGCAGUUGAAAGUCCAAUGAAAAUGAAUGGACUUCCAAUGAGUGUCUACGCACCUGAAACAGUCGGGUGCGUAGUGGUGGACCGUGAAGGAAGAUGUGCUGCUGCCACGUCAACAGGCGGGCUAAUGAACAAGAUGAUUGGUCGGAUUGGUGACUCACCUUUGAUAGGAGCUGGGACCUACGCGUGUAACCUAGCUGGCGUAUCAUGCACCGGUGAAGGCGAGGCUAUCAUACGUGGCACUUUGGCGCGUGAGGUGUCGGCUGUGAUGGAAUACAAAGGUCUUGGUCUUCAAGAAGCAGUGGAUUUCGUCAUUAAGAAUCGUUUGGAUGAAGGAUAUGCUGGACUCAUUGCUGUUUCUAGUAAAGGAGAAGUUGCUUAUGGAUUUAACUGCAAUGGCAUGUUUAGGGGUUGUGCUUCUGAGGAUGGAUUCAUGGAGGUUGGAAUUUGGGAGUAAAAAAUGUUGCAAUUGUGCAAUAUCUUGUUACUUGUUACUGACUUAGUUGCCAGUGAAAAUUGUUGGGUCCUUUUCUUUUAAUUUAGUUUCUUUCUUUGAUUUGUUUUUUAAUUUGGGUUUUAGGGUGGGUUAGUUACUACUAGUUGUUUCAUUGCAACUUGCAUUGUGCUGUAAUUAUUAGUUGUUUAAGAGGGAUAGAAAAUGUGAAAUAAUAGUAGCAACAUCUGUUUUUUCAUUUAUCUCUUAUGGAAAUAAAAAAAAAACUGGUGACAUACCCCCCUAAAA